AUGCAACAACAUCUGGCGUUAAAUCCACAUCAGUUGAAUCAUCAACCUCAGAAUGUUGCGAAUAGGUCAUCUUUAAAUAAUUAUAGUUCAAGCUCGAGUCGGAACUUCAGGCUUGAUAAGAAUGAUGAUUAUGGUCAUGAAAAUAGUCAUCAACAUCAUCGUCGAUUAUACCUGUCCAAUCCAUUCACAUCUGCAUCCACCUUCUUUCAAAAUUCAUCAUUAGGAGAUAUCAUUUCAUUAAUCUUCAUUCUUUUAUCAUUACCACAAGCAGUAUCUUUAUGUUUAAUAGUGAUUUAUAUCGUCUUGGGAUCUAAUUUUAGAGGUGGUAGAUUCAUUAUUGAAUUCUUAUUACUUCAAGAAAUCCCUCAACCAGUAAUAGCUGAUUAUAAAGAUCUUAAUCUAACCUUUUCAUGGCAUUUGGCUAUAAGUCCAAUCAUAUUCUUUUCCUUGAAUUAUGUGGUUCAUAAGAAAAGUUAUUUCAACUAUAUAAUCAUUUUAUCAAAAUCUAUCAUUUCAAGUCAAUUAAUAGGAACUUCAUCCAUAAGUUAUAUAAAUACCAUUAGUAAUAAAAGAAUGACAACAAAGGUUCAAUAUGAUGACACCAAAAGGCUAUUUAAUAAACAUCUCGUCAAUUCAAUCAUUUGCUUUCUAGUGAUAAGUUACUUCAAUUAUUUAAUCAACUGGUUGAACUUAUCAUUUAAAUUCAUCAAAUUCUACAAUACCAAUGUUGGUUAUAUCAAUAAUUCAACAUUUCCUCAAGUAAGUAGUAAACUAUACAUCAUCCUAUGCAUUCAUAUUAUAACAUCCACCUUUUAUAAAAAAUCACCAGUUGUACAAAGUUCAAUUCCAAAUAUCACUGAUAAUGAAAAUUCUCUGCAAACAAAUCUUCAACAUGAUGGAGUACCUCAUGGAAGAUUGGUUGAAGUUAAUUUAAAAAAUACAAUUCCAUCCCUUUCAAAUAUCCAGCCUUCAUCAAAUUCUGUUGCUGGUAAAAAUUUCGAUAAUUACAUUAUAUCACCUUUCUAUAAUAAGUUAACUAUUUUAAAACAAAGAUUACUUAGUAAUAAUUCAAGUUCAAAUAUUAUCACUAAUCCAGGUAAAGGAGGUAUUCCUGUCGUCAAUAUUAAUGCUAUCAGUUUCGAUAACAACAUUAACGGUACAGUUCAAAUUUCUAAUACUUCGGGUUCAAAAUCAUCUAAUGUAACAUCUUCAACUACCACUACUUCAAGUACAACUACAACUUCAACAUCAUUAACGACCACUACUAUAGCUAAUAAUGUAACCACUGUCGAGUCUACUCUCGGAGUACAACCGUUUUGGUCUAUAUUGGCAGCAAGUAAAGCUAUAUGGAGAAAUCCUAAUUUAUUUAAUGGUGAACAUACGAGACGUAAGAACUACUUGGAUGAUAUACCGUCGUCUAUCAAGCCAUUUAAUAUCGUCAUGUCGGUUGUAUUAAUUGAUGAUUCUAAUAUUGUAUUUAAAUUACUCAAAAAAUCAGAUACUAUUAAUAUAAAUGAUUUAAGUGUUAAUAUUAAUAAUGUUUCCUGGUCCUUUUAUAAAUUCUCAUUCGAAAAUGAUGAAACACAUUUAAUAAUCUAUGGAUUAUCUCCUGCUUUUCAAUAUGAAAUUGAUUUAAUCUAUAAAGAAGAUCAAGUGGUACAACGGUUUUUGAUAACCACUGAAAGUAUAAAUAAUGAUGAUGAAAACGAUAGUGAUAGAUUGAUAUUACAAAAUGAGGCAGCUUCAUUAACUACUUCACAAAUUUCCUUGAUUUCUACGUUAAGAAACUUAAAUUCGUUAAAGUCAAAGUAUAAAAAGUUCAAAAAAGAUGAGCAUAAAAGAUUACUUGAUUUAAAAGCUAGUAUUGAUGGUCUUAAGAAUAAAAUUGCCAAAUAUAACAAAUCUGCUGGUAAUAAUGAAACCAGAGUCUUGGGCAAGAUAAAAGGGUUGGAACAUUCAGUAAUUCAAUUAGAAGCUGAAAUUGAACAAUUAAAUACUAAGAUUAUUGAUUUAACCUCUGAAGAAGGGAAAAUUAAGAAAGAUUUUAAAAUUCAAGAGCAAGAUUAUAUUAAACAGAUUUCAUUAUUAGAAAAAGAAUAUGAAAAUUAUCUUGAACGAGUUAAGAUUGAGAAAUUAAAAAUCAAAUCUUCUGCGAAUGAUAUUCAAGUAUUAAGUGUUAAGAAACGGAAACUUGAAACCAAACAUCAAGGAAGAGCAGAUGAGGUCAAAGCUUUAAAUAAUGAAUUAAAAGGGAUUAAAAGAAAUGAUAUUUUACUAAAAUUCACUAAACGUAUCAAGAAAAUUAAUGAGAAGUUUGAAACUAUCUUACCAAAAGUUUUAUCAGAAACUCAAGCUUUACGAGAUGAAUGUAAUCAAGUAUUAAAUACAUAA